AUAUAAAACUUUGUGUAUGAAUUUGCCCCAAAAAUAAACUUACUGAAGGCUAAUUUGACCUAUAAAAUUUGGGUUUGGCAAAUAGGCAAAUAUUUGAUUUUUUUGCAUGCCUCAUUUGUCACUAGUUGAAUUUGGAUCAAUUAGGACUCUGUUUAACAAUCCUGUCUUCAGAAAUUGAAACUUACAAUGUCCUUCUCAAGAACAUUUUAAAGUUCGAGUAUUGGAUUCAUAAGUUGGUAUUUACCAAAGGCUAGACUAGUUCUAUCACUUGCUAAAUAUAUUUUUUUUCUUUGGAUUACUUAGCUUAAUCUUGUUUAUGAACCUAAGAUGGAAACUUCCAUUAAAGUUUAAACUCGAGAAAGAGUGACUUGGUUCCUCCCCAUUUAUUUAUUGAAGAAAAUCCCUUUCGGCAAUUUUCCCCUUUGACUUAGCUCUCCCUCUCCUCUCGUCUCCUCCACCCUUUAUAUUUUACUACACAACAAUUAUGCUUCUUCGCUUUUCCUCCUCCAACUCCUCAUCACCUCCACCACCGUCUCUCCUCGUCCUCGCCGCCGUCCAGCUGGUGGCGCAGCCGCUUCUUCUUCCCCUUCCCUUUUCCCCCAUGGACUCAUCCGACUUCCCCGUCGCCAGAUCCCCUCGGAAGGAGCUCCAGGGUCCCCGCCCGCCGGCGCUCAAAGUCCGCAAAGAUUCCCACAAAAUCAAGAAGCCUCCCAUCGCUCCCAACCCGAAUCCGAACCCAAACCCGACCCAGCACCACCAGUCGCAGCCGCCGCGCGCCCCGGUCAUAAUCUACACGGUUUCCCCCAAAGUGAUUCACACCAAUCCCGGCGAUUUCAUGAACCUAGUCCAACGCCUCACCGGCUCCUCUUCGUCCUCCGCCGCCGCCACCACCUCCUCCUCCUCCUCGAAUCCGUUCAACGACGACCCCGGCGCGAUGUCUCCGGCGGCCAGGUACGCGACGAUUGAGAAAGCGAAUUCACCAAAAGAUAAGGGGAAGGGGAAUUCGUUGAUUUAUCCACAGAGUGGAAAUGGAGAUUUGGGGGAUUUCUUCAUGGAAGGGGUGGAGAUGGGUCAACUGAUGGGUGGAUCUCAACAGGGUUUGCCGCCGGGGAUACUGUCGCCCGGGCCGGCUUCCCUGCCGCCGAUCUCUCCGAGCUUCUUCUUCCCUCCGCCGUCGUCGACGCCAUCGGCGGAUCCGAGCUCGUUAGGGUUCUUCCACGACCUUGUGAGCCCCGCGGGGCAACUGCACAGCAGCAGCCCGUCGAACUUCGUCGCCGGAUUCUCCCCUCAAGCGAACUUCGUCGCCGGAUUCUCCCCCCACACGAACUUCGUCACCGGGUUCUCGCCGCACGCGAAUUCGCCGUUCCCGUCGAUUGACCUCUUCAACAAUUUCAACUCCGGCAACUUUGACUUCUGAUCGUAGAUGAAAAUUCAUUUUUCUUUUUCUAUUUUCUUCAAUUUUGGUUUUUUUUUUCUGGUUCACAAUUUAUCGUAGCGCUCAUCUCAUGGAUGACGGAAGCUGAUUCAGAUUCCCAGGGGUAGAAACGGAAAUUGACAGCGACUAGGAGGGGUAGAUUGGACAUUUGUAUGGGGGAUUUUGUUUUUUUAAUAAUUUGGGUAGGUUAGCUAGUUGGGACUUUGAAGGAGGUUAUUUAAUGGCUUUUAGGAAGAAGAGAAGAAAAACAAAUUGAGAAUGGUGGGCCAAGUUGAUAGGCAAUUUAAGCUUCAUUUACUCAUCAUUUUCUUCUUGUUUUGUUUUUCUUUGUUUUGUUUUCCCCACAAUUUUCUUGUAUGUGUAGUAAAUUGAAAAUUUGUUUAUGAGAAUGUACCAAAUUUAUUCUUCUUUCAUGUACUCAAUAGGCAUGGACUUGGGAAGCAAUAAAGGAAAAAAGUGUCGGGUAAGUACCUGUUUUUUUAUCGGAUAUUCUCGUUCGUUUUCUUGUGUUUUUGAAUGAUGAUUGCUACGUUAUUUUUCGGAGAAAAUUAGCAGCGAGUUCAUGACAAUAUGGAAUCAAGACGAAGUUAUGACUUCAUUCUGACACUAGUGUUAGGUUAGCAUAUCAAUUACAUUAUUCACUUGAAUUGGAAGUACUUUUAAUUAUGAAAGCAAUUCCAUUAGAUUUGUUCUUCUUUUUGUUGUUUAUUGUUUUCUCAUAUCCUUUUAAUUGUUAUUAUCGAGUUUGUAAGUAUGCUGAGAUGGGGAGCCGAUUGCAAUGCUAAUUGGAAACAUUUGGGCAAAGAGAGUUUUGAAGAGUUCAAAGGUGUGGAAAGAAGUAAAGAAGUGGUGGGUGAUUGAUUGUUGCAUGCCUUUGGAAGCUUUACAAGUAUUUUUUUUUUUUUAAAUGUUGUUUGUACCCUUCAUUUUGUUAUUCAUUUCCCUUUUCCCUUGGUGGUGGAUUAGGGAUCACAAUGAGGAUAAUAAGGUGUGUGAAAGGACUAAAUAGAAAAGGGCAAAAGGUUAGGAAAUGGCAUUGCAAACAUCGAUAGAGAGGGUAGAGUUUGAGAAUAUUUGGAUGGAGGGUUUUAAUUGUUGGAUUAUUAUUAUUAUUAUUAUUAUUAUUAUUAUUGGGACUGUUGGGUCGAUUAUGGUUUAUUCAGUUUUAUUCGAAAUCAAGCAGAUAAGAAGAUUAAUGGUUUUGAUUGCCGAUUUCAAAAUUGUGUUAGUAUUUUAAUGGCUUUGAUUUCGGUUAAAAUAAAAAAUUCAAUAAUAAACCUGGUAACAUUUU